CAUACCAUAAGGACCUCCAGCAUAGAUAGACAACAGCACUAUCAACAAUGACAUCAUCACCGACACACACCGCAUCACGUGCCUCCCUAGCCUCGAUCCCUUUGAUUGGUCUGAUCGCAUACUUCGCCCUAUGCAGUCCAGGCAAGUAACUCGAACUUCGUAAAGGUACCACUAAACUUCCUCCCAUACACCAUGAUCUAGGGUGUUCUAACAACAACUCCAUCCCAACCCAACCUAACCAACUACAACACAGCGUACCACACAGCACAGCACAUCACCAUGUCCACCACAACCCAACAACACCGACACACCCUCCCCCCACCCCCAUACAACCCCAUAAUCAACGCCGCCAAUAGCCCUCCAAUCCUCGCAGACGACCCUCUCUGCCAAAAAACCCACAUCUUCCUCACCCGACCCUACCUCAGCGCCCUACUCUUCGAAAAUGCCACCUCCGACGCCCGCGACCACUGCGCAAACGAACGCACAUUUCUCUCCUGGCUGCGCCUCUCAAUGUACCUCGCUAUCGUAGCCAUCGCCAUCAUAAUCUCUUUCCAUUUUCAGACGCCCCCGACGGGGUUGGAGCGACGCAUGGCAUUACCGCUGGGGAUUGUGUUCUGGGUGCUGAGUCUGGCGUGUUUGGGGAAUGGGUUUGCGAAUUACGUGCGUACGGUGAAGAAAUACAGUCGGAAGGCGGCGUUGGUGCAGAGUGGGUGGAAGACGCAGGUGACGUUUACGGUGGUGGGGACGGUAAUUUUGGGGAGUUGUGUGCUGUUUUUGGCGACGGAUGCCAGGACCAAAUGAUCAUCUUAUUCAGGUGUGUUCGGAGAUUAUUUGGUGUUAGGAGAUUGAAGAAAGGCUAUGCUCAUGAGAAAUAUACUAGGUGGGUAAUUAGGAGGAGUUGUACGCAUCGAUCCUCUGCAGUAACAUCUGGCCGGCUCAGACCGUACCAGCAAACGCUGUCCAAGCAGGGUCUCAAGGGGAAUCAAGAAAAGGCUGCGCCCGGGCCAGUCCCAUGCGAAAUGCCAUUACAUUGUCGGUCGUGACCGCCACCGCCUCACAUCCGACGGAUCUCAUGCUCGUUCUUGUAUGGCUCUAGCGACGACGAGCCCAGGUGACCCCACCACUCAAACAGCAUCGAGUUGCAGAUUAGCUUGAACCACGGUGUGAAUUUCAGCCCCGGCUGCUCAAACAUCUGCUUCAACUCCUCGGCGGAGACGUAUUUCGUGUCGCGCACUUCGUUCGGGUUCUCGUUCAGAUCGACAUCGGCUUGGAUGAACAGGAUGUAGUCG